AUGAGUUUUGAUUUAUAUCCAGUCAGUAAUUUAAACUCGGGACUAUUUCCUCGACGUUCACUAACUCUAACAACGGACGAUUCUCAUGUACAAACAGUGACCAUAUUUCUGCAUGAAUUCAAUCCCGAAUCAUGUGCUGACCACAUGAAAAUCGAUUUACAUAAGCGAACAACGACAGAGGAGCUUAUCGAAAAAGUCCUUACUCAACGAUCAGAUUUGAUGGGAAAUAUACCGGAGGAUUUCGAUUUGUAUGAAGUGAUGGGCACCGUGGAUGGUCAGACUUUUAAGGAGAGAAAAUUAGACAAGGGUGAAUAUCCGGUAGCUUUGCAAAUGCUUUGGCAUAAAGGCUCAUCAUCUUUGGCCGGUGGGAUACAUUUAGGCUCAUCGGAUGCCUCAAGUACUAUUGACUCGUUUUUAGCCAAAUUUUUAACUCAACCUCAGGAUCGAGAAUACGCUGAUCUCUGCAUGCUUCCUGAACUAACUGAACAAACCCUACUUGAUAAUCUCAGAGAUCGAUUCAACAGUGGCCACAUUUAUACAUAUAUUGGGCCGAUUCUUGUUGCCGUCAAUCCGUUUCAAUUUUAUCCAAUAUAUAAUCCGAAAUAUGCUAGGCUUUAUUGUCAAAGUAGGCGACUUGGAUCACUUCCACCCCACAUUUUUGCAAUCGCUGAUAUUACUUAUCAUAACAUGCUAAGAAUCAAGGAAAAUCAAUGUAUUGUAAUCAGUGGCGAAUCUGGUUCGGGCAAAACAGAGUCAACCAAUUUUCUUUUGCAUCAUCUUACUACUCUUAGCCAAAAAGGUUCAACUGGUAGUUCAGUUGAACAAAUACUGCUCUCGGCUGGUCCAGUUCUUGAGGCAUUUGGUAAUGCCAUGACUGUACAAAAUAACAAUAGUAGCCGUUUUGGCAAAUUUAUACGAGUAAAUUAUCGCGAGAAUGGUAUGGUGUUAGGGGCUAGUGUUGAAAUUUAUUUAUUGGAGAAAUCUCGUAUCAUAUCCCAGGCUAAAGAUGAAAGGAAUUACCAUGUAUUUUAUUAUUUAUUGAAAGGUGCUAGUGAGGAAGAACGACAACACCAUUUUUUGCUCCAAGCAACCGAUUAUAAUUACCUCAAUCAAAGUAAUUAUCGUACAGCAGAAUGUGUGAAUGAAAAAUCUGAAUAUGAAAGACUUAAACUUGCAAUGGAUUCCGUUGGAUUCUCGCGUAUUUCUCAAAAAAAUAUGUUUUCUGUUCUUUCAGCUGUUUUGCUUCUGGGGAAUACUGAAUACGUCAAAAGACCGGGAUAUCACAGUGAUGAAAAUGCUUACAUUGAAAAUGGAGAAUUAAUUGGUAUAAUAUCAGAAUUGCUUCAAAUUAAAGCCAGCAACCUUCAGCAAGCCUUAACUAUGCGAAGAACCGUACUCAAGAGCGAAGUCGUUAUUACUAGAUAUAGCGUUAAUGAGGCUGUAAAUACUCGUGAUGCUAUGGCCAAAUGUUUAUAUAAUGCACUUUUUCACUGGAUUGUAUUACGAAUCAACCAUGCUUUACUGAAGAGAGAGAGCAUUCUUGAUAUAUUUGGCUUCGAAGAUGUUGGCGCCAAGUGGAAUUCAUUUGAACAACUUUGCAUAAAUUAUGCAAAUGAACAUCUUCAAGCUUAUUUCAACCAACAUAUUUUUCAAUUUGAACAGGAAGAAUAUUGCAAAGAAGGAAUCAGUUGGACUAAUAUCGAAUAUAUCGAUAACACGGAAUGCGUACAAUUAUUUCAGAACAAACCAUGUGGUAUUCUUAGGCUGAUCGACGAAGAAAGUAAUAUUAAUAAUGGAACUGAUCUAUCGAUGCUCGACAAACUAAACCAUUUUUUAAAGAACAAUGAAUAUUACGAAACACCACAAAAAAAAGAACCAGCGUUCAUUAUUGCUCAUUACGCUGGAAAAGUCAAGUAUCAAAUCAAAGGUUUCCGUGAAAAAAAUAUGGAUCUUAUGCGCCAGGAUGUAUUAAUGGUAUUAAAGAAUAGCAAAAGCGCAUUUGUUCGUGAACUGGUUGGUGAUGAUCCAGUUGCAAUUUUUCAUUGGAGUACUAUACGAGCCACGUUCCGCGCAAUUAAUGCAUUCCGCCAAAGUACAAGAGGAGCGAAAAGAACAUCUGAAGAUACUCAUUCAAACAUAUGCGACAUUGAAAAACCUAUUUCGAAAAAAAUUUCGGAUUCGCAUCUUAAUGCAUUUUUAAGAGGCGAAAUUUCUCCGGAAAUUGUGCCAGAUUUUUGCGAUAAAUCAGUUUUCAAAGCGGUUAAACUUCGAGCACUCAAACAGCCUGCGAAAAUGAGAGAGGAACGAUACAAUACCCUCAAAAUUCUUCAGAUUGCGAAUAAAUUCGAUGAUAAUAUAAUACUUCGGCAACUUCGAUAUACUGGAAUGUUGGAAACGGUUCGAAUAAGACGAGCAGGAUAUAGCUUUCGCAUCGAAUAUAAUGAUUUCAUCAAGCAAUACAGAGUACUUCUAUCCAAUGAUUUGCGAAGUACGAAAGAAGACGUCAAAGAAUUUUUUUUGCAACAUCCACUAAUCGAGUCAGAUAGAAUUCAAUUUGGAAUAACAAAAAUAUUUAUGCGCGAUUCAGAAAAGUUAUUAAUCGACGAUCAACUUCAUCGAAUAAUAAUGCAACAUAUAGAAACGCUACAACAUUGGUUUAGAGCAUUUUUGGCGAGGGCCAAAUAUUUGAAAUUACGUAAAGCAAUUAUUGUUUUGCAGGCUCUGGCACGUGGAAUGUUGGUGCGAAAUCGUCUUCAAGAAAGGAUUAAUGCUGCCAUAAUUAUCCAGUCGAACUGGAAACGUUUCUUAGCAGAACGUCGCUAUAGGCAAAUUCGAAAUACAAUUAUAACAAUUCAGUCAAUGCAUAAAGGCAAUCAAAUGAAGAUUCGAUAUGAAAAUAUGAAAAAAGCCAGCAAAAAAACAAAUGUUCCUAAAUUUGGUAUAACAAAUAUAGUAAAGAAAAAGAGUUUGGCAAUGUUCGAUUUGAACGAUCCUGAAUCAUUGGCUAUCUUCGCCGUUUCUGAUGAUGAAGAUGAAGAUGCCUCAGUUAUUUCAAACUCAAGCUCAUUUCUUUAUGAAAAUGAAGAUGAAGGACAUGAUAGCACUAUUAGCGAUACAUCGGAAGCUCAUAGCGACAAAAUCGAAGCAGAUUUUAAAAGACGGCAAAGCCUUGCGACAACAAGUUCAUCAACUAAGUUACGAAUGUUGCGCCGAGCAGCGAGCACUGAGAACGAUCGAAUUGUUAGUAAAGAUGAAGCCUCAGCUGAGCCACAGAGCCCCGAAACCAAACACAAAUCGAGACGAAUGGGUUUCACUAAGGCCAAAAAACAAUUGAAAGCAUUUCUAAUUAGACGAAAUGAUCUUGGAACUAGCGACGAUGAUGAAAGAAAUGACGUCGCUGCAGAAGAGUCGAAUGGAGCAUCUAGGAUACGUAAAACGCACAGCAUAAAAAUGGCUCGACUGCAUCGGUCAGAACAUUGCGCUUUAUGUAAUAAAAAUCUUACUGGAAUACUUGGUCUCAAUCACAAAUGCACAAAUUGUAAGCUAUCGUUUCACAAAGAAUGUGUGAACUUCGCAUCUAGUAUUCCGUGCCAAAUGAUAGAUCUUUCAUCAAAUCGGCAUGAUAUCACUCCGCCAAAAAAACCUUUGCAUCCCAGCAAAAUGCAAUAUGGAUUAGCUCCGCUCAGUAUUCAAUCUCCGAAAAAGUUUAAUCUAUUCAAGACUAAACAACAGACAGACCCGAUGGAUUUAGUGAUUGAAUCAGUCGAAGAUCUCAAGCAGUUCAGUGCAUAUAUCGCUUACAAAUUGAAAAGCAUAGAAAAAAAUAUUAAUAGAAGAGAUACAGCUGUUGAUGCGAUAUUUAAGGAAGCUGUAAAAGAAUUCCGCUUGGAACUUAUCAGCAACGAACCUCAUUUACAAGAGAGUAAAACAGUGUUGAAAUAUCGAGAUCUUAUCGCUAAUUUUGAAGGCUCUUUAACAAAAGUCUCGAAUAAUGAACAAGUGAGAUUUCCAACUACACUGGGAGUGAAUGCAUUUCGUGGAUUUGUUAACAGUUAUGUGCAAGAAAGGAAAUUAAAAUGUGCACCGAAAAAAGCAAGUGUGCUUCAGAAUGUUCGAAAAAAGAGGCGUAAAUCAGAUGCUACUCUUCACUACAAAGGGCAUCGAUUUAAACUAGACCUCAUUCAUCUUCCAACUUGUUGUGAGGUUUGCGAAGGAUUCAUGUGGAAUACGGAUAAAAUGUAUACUUGUGCCAGGUGUAAUGCUACUUGCCACAAAAAAUGCCACUCGAAAAUAAGCAAAGUUUGUCGAACAUCUCCGUCACCUUCGUCUGGUAAACGAUUCUUUGGAGCAAAUUUAAAUACGCUGGUUAAUGAUGAUCGGAAAAUACCAGUAGUCAUUGAUAAAUUAUUCGCAACUAUUGAGGUCCAUGCACUUUAUGUUGAGGGUAUCUAUCGCAAAAGUGCGGCUAUCGCGCAAGUUCGAAAUGCACGUAAUUCCAUUGAAAAUUCAUCAAGUUUCGAGGACCUUUGCUUUAAUGAUAUGCCUGUUCAUGUGAUGGCAACUCUAGUAAAAUGCUUUUUUCGAGAAUUACCCGAACCUCUUAUCACGUUUGACUUAUAUGAAAACUUUCUAAAUGCUUCAGAAGUUGAAGAAAAACAUGAAAGGAUUAGAUGUUUAAGCGUCAUCGUUGAACUUCUACCUCGAUGCAAUAAGGCCGUGUUAGAUCGUUUGGUUUAUCACCUAGCCCGAAUAGCGCAACAGGAAUCAGUGAAUAAGAUGAAUUCUUCGAAUCUCGCCUUGAUAUUUGCACCAUGUAUAUUACGCAAUAAUCAAAUAGUACAUGCACAGGAACAACUCAGAGACAUAAAUCGGCAAGCAAUAUGCGUGCAAUCACUUAUCGAUGGAAAAUUGAAACAAUUUCGUUCAGCAAUUAAUGAAUUAGUCUCGCUUGAACAUGUCAGCGAUAAGAUAACGAAAAAUCUACAACUUCUUGACGAGCACAAAAAUUUAGAAAAUAUUACGGGAAAACAUAUGCAGAACAUAGACACGGCAAGGCAGCUGUUCAUUGAACAGCUUGAUUUUUUGGAUAAUGAAAAAGAAAAACUGAUCCAAGAUUUUCCGCCACUUGCCCCGGUAGCAUCAUCAGAAGAUUUAUCAUCUAGCGAUGAACAUAGCAACAACAAUUUUGCUUUUAAAGGACAUCGUCAAGAAGAAUAUGCUCUUGAUCUAGAAACCCCACCGAUAUUUUGCACGCUCAAAAAUCUCUCUUCUACUCGGCCUCGAAAUCUAAAAAAAAGGUCGCCUUCGAAUCAAUUUAGACGCUCAAUUAAAAAUGAUUUAUGUUCAUUUGACAUUAUUAUUCUAUAA